UGCGUUUAUAACACUGUCAUAUGAUUAGAAAUUCACUUCCGGUAUCUAAUUGUCAAACAAAUAUCCAGAAAAAAAAACUAACAAUGACGAGAGCCGAUACUGCAUUCGCAGUUGUUACUAUUUUCUGGGGUUUCAUUGGUGUUGUAUGUCCAAUCUUAACCGGAUUGUUUAUGAGGAAAUCACCAAACAGAGGAAUCGUGCAGAUAAUGUUCGUUAUGACUGCAGUUUGCUGUUACUUAUUUUGGCUGUGUGCAUUUUUGUUCCAAAUCAACCCUCUUGUUGGACCACAGUUGGAGAGCAAUUUGAUAAGAACCAUGCAGUACGAGUGGUACGGGAUCAACCCACAACACACUCCAGAACACCCAGAAGCAUAAUAACAACUGCAGGAUGACGAUGAUGUGUGACAGACAGUGUAGCUAGAAUUCCAGACACUAACCAAGAAAACUGUUGGAUUAUAUAGUAGUGAUGCUUGCCCCGAAUUUAGAUCGAUAGUCAUAAUGUCAAGCAUAUUUGUGCUUCAUCGCGAGUUUUAGGGUCUUCGGAUAAAAUUUCCAAAUACCUAUUUUAGUGCAUAUUGUUCAUUUAUUUCCCAUAGAAACACUCUUGAGAUAAAUAGACAAGAUAAGCCAACAUAAAAUUUGAACACCUGUUUUGACGUCACAGACAUGACUUGGUUGCUGCAUGGGAAUUACUUUUGCAUGUCUUGGUAUCAUAUUGUGUUGUUUCUGGUUAUUUCCCGAGAAUAAAUUUUUGUAAGAUAUGUCUUUAUGUAACACCAAGAUCAAGUUUUUAUAAAUUACCAACUAUUAUUAGAAAAUUGUACAAGAGUACCGUUCAAUGACCAUUUGCUAUGGAAACAUAAUUUUAUUAUGCAUUUAUUUUUUCAAAAAUAAAAUGAUUCUUUAAUGAGAAUACAAUAUGCUGGAGCAUGAGGUUCAAUAAAUACGAAAGAAAAUGAUUGAAUUUCUCUUUAGUUUGUUUAAGGAGUAUUACGGUAACUUUGUCCGAAGACCCAAGAAAUUGGGUCAUAGCGCAUUUGAAGCUAAAAUUAUUGAAAGGCAUCAAAUAUUCUUUCUAGUCCAACAGUGCUUUAUACUAAAAGCACAUUUUUGGUAAUUAAUAAUUUUGAUUUUGUAUUUGGAAAUAUAUAUGAACUUCUGUGAAAUAACUCGGUAAUAAUUGAUACAAAAACAAUAAGAAUUCAAGAAUAACAAAGCCUACUUUCAUACAUUCACUUAUUCAUGAUUACAGAAUAUGUAUGGUAUCAAAUAUUUCAUUUUCUUUCUCAAUACACUAAAAUUGAUUUAAAUGUUAACAGUAUGUAUUUGUGUAGAAUAUUGUGAAUACAUGUUUAAAUUUGUUGUAAUUUAUGAAUGUUAUUGUCAUGGAUAUUUGUAUUGUACAUAAAAUGUAAAGAAUU